UGGGCCCGUGUCAGCCCGCGAGUGGCUGCCGGACGAAAAGAAGGAAGCGCAAUGAGGCGGACGGCGAUGCUGUUCAGCCACGCCGGCGCCGGCCGGCGGGGCAUCCAGCAGGCUCUCGCCGACGCGCUGGUCUGCCCACUCUCCAAGAAGCCUCUCAGGUACUGCGAGGCCAGCGGGUCCCUCGUCAGCGACGCCGUCGGCGUGUCCUUCCCGAUAGAAGAUGGGAUUCCUUGCCUUGUUCCGAAAGAUGGGAAGUUGUUUGAGGAGAACUCCGAGAAAUCAGAACAAGAGCCCAUCCUUAGGGAUUCUUCUGGUUGAGUCAGCAAUCUAAUCAUUCUUUACCAAGAAGACAUCGUUGGUUGUAAUACCUGAGAUAUCUCUCACUUCCAAUUAGUGUUUGUUGUAACUAGUGGAGAUGUACGUGCCAUAAUUUUUCUUCCAUCAAGCAACAAUGUUAUUUAUUUUCCUUCCAAAAAUAAUACACGUCUUUCUUUUGCUUCCAUAAAA